GACUAAAGUGCAACUGCUUUCCAGAAUGCGGGCACUGUUCAGAGUCCUGAAUCCCUUUCUUUUGCUGAUGCUCUUCGGAUUAUAUCCGUCAAUGACCAUUGGGCCCAAGGAGGGCUGGCAGGUGUACAGCUCUGCGCAGGAUGCUGACGGCCGAUGCAUCUGCACCGUGGUGGCCCCCGAACAGAACCUCUGCUCCAGAGACGCCAAGAGCAAGCAGCUCCGUCAGCUGCUGGAGAAGGUGCAGAAUAUGUCCCAGUCAAUAGAGGUGCUCAACCUGCGGACGCAGAGGGAUUUCCAGUAUGUCAUGAAAAUGGAGAAUCAGAUGAAAGGACUGAGGACUAAGUUCAGGCAAAUUGAGGAUGACAGAAAAACUCUAAUGACCAGAAAUUUUCAGGAGCUUAAGGAAAAGAUGGAUGAACUGCAGCCCCUGAUCCCAGUUCUGGAGCAGUACAAAACGGACGCCAAACUGAUCUCCCAGUUCAAAGAGGAGAUCAGAAACCUGUCCGCGGUUCUGACGGGGAUCCAGGAGGAGAUCGGAGCCUACGACUAUGAUGAGCUGCACCAGAGGGUCAUCAGUCUGGAGAGCAGGCUGAGGAACUGCAUGAGCAAACUGACGUGUGGAAAAUUAAUGAAAAUCACUGGACCUGUAACAAUAAAGACAUCUGGGACGAGAUUCGGGGCAUGGAUGACUGAUCCAAUGGCGUCUCAGAGAAACAACAGGGUAUGGUACAUGGACAGUUACACCAACAACAAGAUAGUCCGCGAGUACAAGUCAAUGGCUGACUUUGUGUCUGGGGUGGAGUCGCGAACCUACAACCUUCCCUUCAAAUGGGCCGGGACCAGCCACGUGGUCUACAACGGCUCCCUGUACUACAACAAGUACCAGAGCAACAUCAUUGUCAAGUACAGCUUCGAGACGGGUCGGAUCUUGACCCAGCGGGCGCUGGAGUACGCUGGCUUCCACAACGUCUACCCCUACACCUGGGGGGGCUUCUCGGACAUCGACCUCAUGGCCGAUGAGCUGGGCCUGUGGGCGGUUUAUGCCACCAAUCAGAACGCCGGCAACAUCGUCAUCAGCCAACUGGAUCCUCAGACCCUGGAGGUUCUGAAAACCUGGAAUACAGAGUACUCCAAAAGGAACGCCGGGGAGUCCUUCAUGAUCUGCGGGACCCUCUAUAUAACCAACUCCCACCUGACCGGGGCCAAAGUCUACUACUCCUACAACACCAAGACCUCCACCUACGAGUACACCGACAUCCCUUUCCACAACCAGUACUUUCACAUUUCCAUGCUCGACUACAACGCAAGGGAGAGAGCUCUGUAUGCCUGGAACAAUGGGCACCAAGUGUUAUUUAACGUCACACUGUUCCACAUCAUCAAAACUGAGGACGACUCUUAGGGCCCUACAGUGGAGCGCCAUCAUUUGCGGUGAAGGACUUUUGUAUCUAUUUAUGUUUAUCCAAAGUGGACAGUACUGACAUUUUUAGCUCCUUGACAACACUCGCCUUUUUGUAUGCUCGCUUCAGAACUCGUUAAAACUAAACAUGGAACCCAGUUGCAAUACAAUCUUGUUAAGAGAAUAAUGUUACAUUUGCUCUUUU